AUGGGUGUUCACGGGCUCUGGAACGUCGUCCAGCCUUGCGCACGGCCCAUCAAGCUCGAGACCCUCAACAAGAGGCGGUUGGCCGUCGAUGCGUCGAUCUGGAUCUAUCAGUUCUUGAAGGCAGUCCGUGAUAAAGAGGGAAAUGCACUGCGUAACUCCCACAUCGUGGGCUUCUUCCGUCGCAUAUGCAAAUUGCUCUACUUUGGAAUCAAACCGGUUUUCGUGUUUGAUGGGGGCGCCCCAAUCCUCAAGCGCCAGACCAUAGCGGGCAGACAGAAACGACGAGAGGGCCGCAGAGAAGAUGCCGUGCGCACGGCCGGGAAGCUACUCGCAGUGCAGAUGCAAAGAAUUGCCGAGGAAGAGGCGGCCAAUCGCAAGAAUGCGACAGCCAAGCAGGCAGAAGAGGAAGUGACGGAUGGACCGGUAUAUGCAGAGGAGGCAUUUAUGACGGACAAGGAGAAGCAGCAAGGCCGCUCUUUUAGGAAGAAAGAUGCCUACCACCUGCCGGACAUGCAGGUUUCGCUAGAAGCGAUGGGCGCUCCAAACGACCCGCGCAUCAUGUCACAGGAGGAGCUUGAGGAAUAUGCAAGGCAGUUCCAUCGAGGCGAGGACAUCAAUUUGUACGACUUCUCUAAGAUUGAUUUCGACAGCUCGUUCUUCAUCAGUCUUCCCGCUACAGAUCGGUAUAAUAUUUUAAAUGCGGCUAGGCUUCGGAGUCGCCUACGAAUGGGGUAUUCCAAAGAGCAGCUUGAUAUCAUGUUCCCGGAUCGUAUGGCUUUUUCGAAAUUUCAGAUUGAGCGAGUCAAGGAGAGAAACGAUCUGACUCAGAGGCUGAUGAACAUCAACGGCAUGAACGGCGAAGAGGCAUUCUACAAUUCGGGACAGAGAAUUGCCGGAGAACGCGGCAAGGAGUACGUACUGGUGAAAGACAAUACGGUGGAAGGCGGAUGGGUCCUCGGUGUGGUCGGCAACAAGGAUGAAGGUCGCGAGGGGAAACCUAUCGACGUUGACCAGUACGGAAUGCAAGAGGUUCUCCCGGAAGAGAAUAACUCUGAUGAUGAUGAUGGCUUCGAGGAUGUGCCUGUCGAGGGUCUCAACCGGCUUCCUCGAAUGCCUUUUCUUCAAGAUGGCGUUCUUGACGAUUCCGUCAGAGAGCAGAUGCAAAGGACGGCAGGGAGAAAACCCAGUACUAGGUCGCAAGAUUUCGAGGACGACUCAUUAUUUGUUCCAGAUGUUGACGAUCAGAACCUACUAAAUGGCAGCGGAGAGGUCAAUGGGUUAUUUGAAGAGGGCGAAGAUGAAGACCUCCAAAAAGCGAUACAAAUGUCGCUCGAGUCUGAAGCCGGUCAACAGGACGACGGCAUGCCUGAUAUACAACUCAAUAGAAACACCGCCCCUCUCCCGUCUAGCAAGGAUGAUACAUACAAUAUUAGUCCAGAGAGCGAUGAUGAUGACGCACUAGAUUUUGGAGCGGCAUUGGCGCAAUCAAAGAGAACAAAGAAGGAUCCAACCAGCGCUGGUGCUUCGCGUCCGGCCAUCGAUAAUCCUUUCAACGGGCCUCUGCCUUUCGAGUCCAUGAAACUCAACAAGUCGUUCCGACAUGGAAAAUCAAACAACGAAAAGGCUUAUGAUCAUGCUGGUGGUUUUGAGAAAGGGUCUAGCACUAAAUCGGAGGAGAACAUCAUCUUGCCGCCAUGGUUUUCAGGAAGCAAUUCCAAGGCGGAGUUCAUUACCGAUAAGGCCGAUGAUACGCCAUUGCCUCGGGACAAUGAUUUGACUCCAGACCACUUCUUCCUGAAGAAUCAUGAAUCUCCUCAGGUCAUCGAUGUUGACAAGUCUUCAAAAGCAAACGAAGUCAUCGAUCUGGAGUCUGAUGUGGAAGAAGAUAAUGCUGAUGCAUCAGAAGCUGCUCCCAAAUACGAAGAAACCAACACGACUCCCAGGAUUGUGUCACUAGCAGCCCAAGACAACGUCGUUCGUCUUCCACAGUCUCCGGAAAUUAUCUCGACUGCAGAAAAUCAGAACGAAGAGCAAGCUAGUGCACAUGGUGAAGUAGUUGAUGCCAGUAUACAAGAGGAUGAUGAACGCGCCGAAACCUACCCAUCGCCUGAAGUUGAGAACGUUGCAAAACCAGGAGAACCUACUACCGAACCAACCUCGGUACCAUCACCAUCGCCCGAAUUUGAGGACGUCACAAUACCAUCUGAACAGCCAGUAGCCAAUAAUAUUACUACUGAAUUAAAACCUCAAUCUACCAUUGAUCUAGCCGAAGCCGAAAGGCUCGUCAGGGAAGAGGAAGAAUUCUCGGACCCUGAGGAUGAGGAUUUGAUGCGACAACUCGCCGCCGAAGGCGAGGAGCAUGUCCGAUUUGCAGCCACGUUGAAUUCCGAGGCACGAAAUGAGAACGCUUUUGAUUACGAACAGGAGCUUAAGCAGUUGCGAUCGCAACAAAAGAAGGAUCGUCGCGAUGCAGAUGAGGUAUCGCAGAUCAUGAUAACCGAGUGUCAGCAGCUGCUCAAGUUAUUUGGCCUACCAUACGUUACCGCGCCCAUGGAGGCUGAAGCGCAGUGUGCAGAACUAGUCACCUUGGGGCUUGUCGAUGGCAUCAUCACCGACGAUAGCGAUUGCUUCCUGUUUGGUGGUACCCGCAUCUACAAAAACAUGUUCAAUCAGAGCAAGUUCGUCGAGUGCUACCUCAGUUCCGAUCUAGAGAAGGAAUAUGCUCUUCAUCGGCAGAAGCUUAUCAGUUUCUCCCAUCUGCUCGGCAGCGACUAUACCGAGGGAAUUCCGGGUAUCGGGCCCGUAACGGCACUUGAGAUCAUCACAGAAUUCGCCAGCUUAGAAGAGUUCCGCGACUGGUGGACCCAAGUCCAGAUGGGAGUCAACAUGGCCGAAGGCGAGCACGCAGCCUUCUACAAGAAGUUCAAAAAGCAGGCCUCGAAGAUUUUCCUCCCUCCAUCCUUCCCAGACACCCGGGUAGACAAGGCCUACUUUGAACCCGAGGUCGACUCGGACCCGUCUGCUUUCCAAUGGGGCGUGCCCGAUCUCCACGGACUACGACAUUUCCUGAUGACGACAAUCGGAUGGAGUCAGGAACGAACUGACGAGGUGCUGGUGCCCGUCAUUCGGGACAUGAAUCAGAGGGAGCAAGAAGGCACGCAGUCCAACAUUACGAACUUUUUCCACGGGCCUACAGGAGCCGGAGCGUUUGCGCCACGAGCUCGACCCGCGGGUCAGAGUCGGAUGGAGAAGGCGUUUGGUCGACUCCGGCGGGAAGCAGGAGCCGAUCACAUCGAAUCGGCAGAGGUUGAAGGGGAAGAAUCCCCUGGAAAUGCUGGCGGACGAGCGACAGGGACCAAGCGGGGGGCACGUGAGGGCGAGGCCGGUGAGCAGGCCGGCAGUGGUGACGCGAAGACUAGUAAGAAGCGGAAAACCCGACAGAGGAAGGAGUAG